UUUCUUCUGCUUGUGAUCUCUGAACUGCAUAGUUCAGCUUCUCCUCCGUGAACUCGAUCCGAGAGGGCAAAAACUACGUGUAUUUUUUUCUGCUGAGGCUGGCUGCGCCUCCACCUGGAGACGCUCCUCCUCUCCUCCACUUUCUCCCUCCUUCAGGUCGUUCUGGAAGCAUUUCAGCCCUCAGCGAGCGGAGGUUCACACGGUUUGCUUGAUGUCCCGCUGGCCAUAGCGUCAUGGUGGGGGCAGCUGUGGCGCUCUGGUUCCUGCUGGCCGCUCUCUGCCCACCUCUCCGGGCUGGAGGUUCUGCUGCAGUCGUCGCUCCGCAGGACUGCAGCCUGGACUGCAUCCGGCAGGGUGGAUUUUCAUGUGAAUACUGCAGAAUAACCAGAAGUAACAUCAAGAAGGCUUUGGGUUUCAACGCCAGCUUUCCAUUUGGGAGUUGCAUCCCAUGGCCGUGCUUUGAGCUGUUGGGGAAUGAAGACCCCACCUUCUGUCAGCACUUCGUUCACGCUCCCAACGAUGUGAAGGUUGAUUUUGUGGAUGACUCCAACAACUCUGACACCGUCAUCGUGUCCUGGAAGCCGAGCUACUACGGGAUUGCCUUCCUGCGAGGCUUUCAGGUGACCCUGCAGUCUCUGGGCAGCUCCGGCAUCUCCUGCCAGCUCUUUUUAUUCCCCCGUAAUGUUUCCCUCACAGCGUCUCAGGCUCACACGGUAUACAUGUCGGACCCGUUUCCCAGGCUCUCCCUGGGAUCCCAAUAUGCUGUUACCGUCAUGUCUCUGCCGGUUCCUGAAAAGUGGGAGAAUUUCUAUCGCAGCACCAUCUUCUCUACACGCUCGUGUACAGAGAAGAACGGUCUGGAGAAGUGCAAACAUGAUUGGUACCCAAAACAUGUCAAAGUCCAGCAGGAUGGGACCAUCGUCACAGUGACCUUUAACCUCGCCCCUCCAAACCUCGGCAUCAGGAGCUAUUUCUCACUGUGUUACGCAAACAGUGUGAAGAAAUACAAAACCAUGACGCCGAAUUCAUCUGAAAACCAGACUCACCACAGCUUUCAGCUGGAUGAUCUUCAAGUAGGAGCCAACUACACUUGUGAGCUUGCGGCUGACGAAGUGGAUGCAGUGAGGAAAAUAUUCAACGUUCACGUCACGGCUCCGCAGACGGAGGCGCCCCCUGUCGCUCUGACUCUGGCUGUGGUGCUGCCUCUGUGUCUCAUCACCGCCGCCCUUCUCGGCGCCGUGCUGGCUACCGUCAGCUGCUGGAGGUCCAAGCUGCUCUCCAAGGCCUUCGACAUAAAAUCAGAGGUCAUCAGGCAACACGAGGAGAGCAGGACUGCAGAGGAGGUGGUAACGCUGCAGAAAGACAGUCCCACCCCCCCAAGACUGCUGAUCUGCUAUAGCGGCCGCGACGGCCCUGCCCACAUCAAGGCUGUCAAUCACUUUGCAGCGUUUGUGCAGCAGCACAUGGCCACUCAGGUCUGCCUGGACCUUUGGGACUCUCUGGGCGUGGCUGAGGAGGGCUACAUGGCCUGGUACUGCCGGCAGAUCCAGGAGAGCGACUUCAUCCUGGUCAUCUGUUCUCGGGGCCUCAAAGGGAGGCCGGGGCUGUCAGGGGGGGACGAUGAAGACGAGGAGGCUCUGAGUUUCAGUCCCAACGCCCACAUGUCCGAGGCGGUCAUCCAGCUCAUCGCAGAGGAAGUGGGACGGGCCAAAGCGCGGGGCCAGGACCUGUCCAAAUACAUGGCCGCCGUGUUCCAGUACUCCCAGCAGACGGACAUUCCCCUGGAGCUGGGGCUCGUCCCGCACUACACCCUGACCAGAGACUUAGCGCUGCUUUUCUCUCACCUGCAUGGGGUGGCCCUGCACAGGCCUGGGGGGCACCUGAAGAUAAACCACCUGUCAGAGGAGGGCUUUGCCGCGCUGCCAGCAGGAGCCGCUCUGCAGAGCGCCAUCAGCGAUGCCGGGGCGACCAUGAGGAGGAAAAUGGAAGAAGUGGCCUAAUCCUGCGUGUCGCUCGCCUUCCGUCCACUCGAAACUCCGUCAAAGAAGGAGGUGAAGGCGUGAGUGAGGAGGAUGCUGAAGGUGGAGGAGUUGACCUCUGAAGGGAGCAGCCAAAAGGUGAAGAAGAAGAACUGUGUAACACGCUAUGCAGUUAUAAACCAAAUAUACACGUUUUUAUAAAACAAUAGCCGUAUUAAAGGUAUUGCUGCCGUGUAAAAAGCUCUGAUAAGUAUUAGUAUCCUUCAUAUAAAACAUGGAGUCUGCAGAUGAGUUUAUCUACCAUGUUUAUCCCGAGAGACUGAACUCUUGUUUACACAUGUACUUCGUUUUUUUAUUUGUGUGUGAAGCCUCUUGACAGCUCAUAGGACAAUAAAGACAUAUUUUUAUUAUU